AUGAGAUCGGUUGCAGUGCGCCGGGCACUGACUGACUGGUUUUGCGGAGGGCCGCAGCGAGCGAACCGGUCAAAAUCCUAUCUAAUUCUCCGGCUGCCGUCACAUUUUCACACUGAAAACAAGCUGAGAAUUAGGUUAUUUUAUCCCUUGUUCACAUUUUCGACGAGGAAAUUCGUGGCCGUUCGUUCACGUUCGUUAUUUUCCGCGGACAACAAUAGCCACAUUUUAAUACGUCAAAUAGAAGAGAGUGGAAUGCUUAAACGAGGAUCAUCGAAUAUUCCACCUUAUAUUUACCCAUAA